CUUACGUUAAAGGACGUAGUGUGUACCACGAGUAACUUGUGUUUACUGUUGCACUUAAGAACGAAAUUGACGUAUCUUGAUGUCAAUGUCAGUAUUUACAUUCUACUUAUGUUUUACCAAUUCCUGUAGAUGAAUCAACAGAACGUGUUCUGUCAGAACCAGAACUGUUCUGUAACUAGGUAUGGCAGGGAGGUUAGAAGACGAAGAAUAUUGGCAUGCUAGUGAAGCAAAAGCGUUCAGCUUUGAGGAUGAUGAAUUUGGGAGUCAGUUGUGUGGAGUAUCAAAAAGUGGAACUGCAAGGUUGUCGCAGAGAGUCAGAGAAGGAAUGGGAAUCGAUAGCACCUACGUCAGUACAGACUCGUUGUCUGGAUCAUUAUCCAGAGCGACUAUAUCAGAUUCAUCUCAGACAGCAGCAAGACCUCUACAAACCCUUAUUUCAGAAAAGAGUUUGCUUUGCAUUCUGGAAGCUGGGAAUUUUCACGAGAAACAGCCGAAAGGGAAACUUAGUCCAGAGGAAGAAGUGAGAAUAUUACGACGUCAAGUUGAGAAUCGCUGGGUUCCUCCACCGGUCAAUGAUACUGUCGCCAAAAUCUUGCUGGGUUAUCCGUAUUCCCUGGAAUUAUACCGCUCAUUGAAAAGUAAAACUGAGUUGCUAGAUGCAGCUAUUGCUGUAGGGGAUGGUAAUGCUAUACUUGCAGUGGUGUUGUUUCUGGUGCGUACGUUAAAAAAGAAUCUUGUGUACCAGCUGCUGCGAACUAGACCUGAAGCUGUUGCACAGUACUGUCAAUAUCUCGCCAUAAGACUGCGGGUUCAUGAGCUCACAGAUCUACUUGAGAUGCUUGGUGACAAUAGAGAAGCAUCAAUGAAGCAGUUCCAACUUGCAGUUUGUGGCACAAUGAAUCCACAGCGCCGACUUCAAAAGCUCCAGGCAUGUUUCAAAAAUCACUUCUCACUCACUGACAAUAAAGAUCGUCUGCUAAUUGAGAACUAUAUUAAACUUUUGGACAUUUUGAUUUUAGAGUGGCAGUUGUCAAUGGCUGGUGCUGAUGCUGAGAUUGCCAAGGCAUUGGUAGGACAGCCUGUUCUGUCAUCCUUGGCAUAUACAUGUCAGCAUCAUUGGAGUGAACCAAAAGGCAGUAUUAGUGCUCCACUAACUCUCAGCCAGCAACAAGGUGUGAGUGAUCGGCAGUUCCAGUGGACAGUUCUCACUGUGCGAGCUUCUUUGCAUUCCUGGGAUGACAUUGAAGGAUUGUUUAUCACAAAAAGUUGGCUCGGAGGCAAAAAGUUGAAGGCAGCGGUGUCUAUGGAACAAGUGGUUAUGCAACUCCAUGCUCAUGGAGCCCCAGUGGAUGUUCUCGUCAAAUACCUGGAGCUAAUUGACAAUGUAGAUAAACGGGUUGGACUGGCACAAAAGCUGCAGUGUCAUAAAGCUGUUGUUAAUGUAUUUGUGGCUAAACGAGAUAGACAGGCAUUGAUCUCGUAUAAGGCCAACCUUCAUCCUCAGUCAGAAGACUAUUUCUAUGCAGAAAAUUCUUUGCGUGUAUCGACAACAAAGUGGAAGAAUUAGAGAAUUCAUUGACGAUGAUUUAAAAUGUUCUAUAAGAGAAAUGUUGAAAGACACAUUGAAAAUAUACAGUUUUGAAAGUUGUGGAAAGAAGCAAGGAAAAGCUGACUUGGCAGUCGAAGUUGGUCUUUUAUGCAACAUUACCAUGUGCAGGUACAGUAUUCACAUGUUUGGGAACAAUUCAGAAUAAUACUGACGAUUUAAGUUUACACAGUAAAAUAAUGUCGACUUGAAAUAAUUCCCUCAGAAUGGCAUAAGAUUAUUAUUAUUGUUAUUUAUGUAAGGUCUUGUAGACAUUUAUUGUUUCUACCAUCUGUAGGUAAUACUUUGAAUUAUGUACUCAUACUCUUUUUUCAUAUUCCAUGUGGGCUUUAGCCAGAAUAAAGUAUCUUCAUAAUUUC